UCAAUGGCGUGGCACCGGCAGGGAGUUGUCAAAAUUGUCAAAAAAUGUUCAUCAUCUUUCGCACAACUUUCGGCUCCAGCAAUUAAUAACUUUUACAGUUUUUGUGACUAAUUCUUCACAAACUUUAAUUCUUUUAUAUACAAAAAAUAUUUAUUUGUUAAUUACAUAGGAUAGGUACACCUAAAUCACUCCCAAUGAAGAUUUUGGCACUUUGUUUAUUAUUUUUUGUUGAUUUUUAUGCUUCCAAAACUUCAUUAGCAGACUCUAAAGUGAAAAGUAAAAUAAGUGAAUGUCAACGAUGCAAAGUGUUAUCAGACUCUAUAAAGUACUGGCUUGAUAAGACUUCCAGAGGGAAGUAUGAAGGAGGUGACGCAGCCUGGGAAGAAUCCAAACUGAAAUCCUACUCACGCAGUGAAGUUCGACUGGUGGAGGUUCAGGAAGGGCUUUGUUCAGAGCUAAACAAACAUCAAGAUUAUUGUUAUUCUCUGGCUGAAGAUGCAGAAUCUCUUAUUGAGAAGUGGUGGUACCUGGACAAUCCUCAAUCAGUUGAUCUAUAUACAUGGUUAUGUAUUGAUAAUCUCCAUUAUUGUUGUCCAAAAAACCAUUAUGGUGAAUCAUGCAGUCCCUGUCCUCAUAUAAAUAAUAAACUAUGUGGAGGCCACGGUCAUUGCAAUGGUGAUGGGACUCGAAAGGGAAAUGGCACAUGCCACUGUCAUAAGGGUUAUACAGGGAAACAUUGUGAGCUCUGUGAUAGCAACUACUAUAGCAUGGAUUCAAUUUGUAAACCUUGUCAUAAAGCAUGUUCUGAAUGCACUGGGGAAGGAGAUGGUGCAUGUAAACAAUGCAAAGAUGGAUGGGAAAUGGUAAAUGGUGUGUGCACUGAUAUAAAUGAGUGCUUAGCACCAUCUGUGUGUCGAGCUAUCCAAUAUUGUGUAAAUACAGAAGGCUCUUAUGACUGCAGAACUUGUGAUGCAUCUUGUAAAACUUGUGUGGGAGAGGGAAAAUUUAACUGCACAUCAUGUGAUAAUGCAGAGGCACUGUGGAAUGGUAUCUGUGUUAAUGGCAGAAUUAAAUAUGAUAUUUUAUACCAAACAGUUACUAGAUGUUGCAAGUACUCUUCAUUAUUUACAAUAGCAUACUUUCUCCAUAGAUAUUCCAAAUCCUUAGCACCAUUAGCUGUAUCAGCUCUUGCUGUUUAUUUGUAUUUUACUGAAAAAGCUUAUAAUAUGACAGUAAUAGAAGUGGCAAAAAACUUCUUUUUCAAUUAACACAGAUCAGAAUGUAAGUAGUUAAACACUUAUGAUGAAGUAAUAAAAUAUUAGCAAUAUUUUACAUUCCUGCCUAGCCAAAUUAGAUUUUGAGUUGCUUGGAAAUCAAAUUAAUA